GAUGCGGUCUGCUGGUUCGUGUUUACUGGCGAUUACUUUGAGCGUAAUCGGCGUAUUCGCGAUGGUUGUGUGUCAUUCUGUGCAAAUCUUCGUACGUUCGAUUGUGCUUUGACGUGCGGACAUGAGCGGUGUCGACUCGUUCGCGAAGAGCGAUGAAAACGAGGCGCAGUCCUUGGCGUUCAAGUUGCAGCUGAUGAACACUGGCGAGUUUGGUAGCGAGGAGUUCUCCCUUGAUGCUGUCCGAAGACUUCAUCGUCAAGUGCAGUACGCUAGAGCGUCCGGCGUAAUUUCUGAACCUUGUGAAAGCUUGCUGUUGAAUCAUUUUGCUGAAAGAGGAAACAGACAUGUAGAUAGUUUGGAUGGCCUCAACAACUUCUCAAGUGCUGUUACCCACUCUGCACAGACUUCAAAAAAAGAUGCUGACCAGUGGCAAUCACAGCUUGUGAAACUGAGUGAUGAGGAGCUUUUAAAAUUCCUGCCUGAAGCCGCCGGCAAUGUCAAGCCUGGAGGGGACGAUGCCAGAGACGAAUACGAAGUCCUUGUCGAAAUGAUGAAACGAAAGCCUCUUGUGCCGAAAAGGUUGGGCAGUGUGCCGGACAGGAGCGAGACUUCCCGACCUUUGAGGGAAGUGCAAGCGGCCAGCGCAGCAGAGUUGCCUCCGAGAAACAUGUCGGCCAAUGGUGCAGCUCCACUGUCGAAAUACUUUGCUGAGAGCUCCAGACGAAAUGCCGGGGAACCUCGGUUUAAGAGCAGCGUUCAUCAGAAGGGAAGACCAAACCCAUCAGGAAGUGCGCCAUCCGGUGCCCCCACCUUUCUUACUGCCAGGGAACAAUUGCAAUUCGAGCAGCAGAAGAACAAUGGAGGGCAGGGCCGUAGUUGCGGCACGAAAACACUGGGAGGAAAGAGAACCCUGACCAGCCAAUUUGUUCAGCCUUUACUUCGACCAAACGGAAGCAAUGCUGCUAGCCCUUCAGUUGGGUCCAGUGUUAAUAGCUGCAAUGAUGGCAUGGAAGAGUGUGAAGCACUGAAGAACAUAGACGCUAAGCUCAUUGAACUCGUCAAAAGCGAGAUAAUGGACAAUGGCCCAGGCAUUCACUGGGAUGAUAUAGCUGGCCUGGAGUUCGCUAAGCAGAGUGUCAAGGAAAUGGUGGUUUGGCCAAUGUUGAGACCCGACAUCUUCACAGGUCUGAGGCAGCCUCCCAAAGGACUGCUCCUUUUUGGUCCUCCGGGAACAGGCAAGACGUUGAUAGGCAAAUGCAUUGCUUCCCAGGCCGGAGCAACAUUCUUCUGCAUCAGCGCCUCUUCCCUGACAUCAAAAUGGGUUGGUGAAGGGGAGAAGAUGGUGAGAGCACUGUUUGCCGUAGCAAGGAGUUGCCAGCCCGCUGUAGUGUUCAUAGACGAAAUUGACUCUCUUCUCUCGCAACGCUGUGAAAGCGAGCACGAGUCCUCGCGACGCAUUAAGACGGAGUUCCUCGUGCAGCUGGAUGGAGCCAGCACAAAAGGGGAUGAGCGACUUCUCAUUGUAGGUGCCACGAACAGGCCUAAAGAGCUUGACGAGGCAGCUCGGCGACGUUUGGCGAAGCGCCUGUACAUCCCUCUGCCUGAAAAGGCAGCCCGGCGGCAGAUGGUGUGUCGCCUGCUGGCUCAGGUGAAGCACUGCCUCAGCGACGAGGACAUCGACACCGUGGUAUCAUUGACCCAGGGCUACUCGGGUGCAGACAUGGCCCAGCUAUGCAAGGAGGCUGCCUUGGGGCCCAUCCGGAGCCUCAGCUUUGAGACGCUUCAGCACAUCACAGCACAGCAGGUUCGCCCAGUGUCAUUCAAAGACUUUGAAGAAGCAUUGUGCCAAGUGAGGGCUAGCGUCUCCCAAGACGACCUCCAUGGCUACAUAGAGUGGAACUCAAUGUACGGCAGCACCCCAGCAGUUCCAGCGACUGACUAGACUGCGUGCGCUAGCGACAUUACAGUUGGCAAGAGCUUAUGCCUGUACUAUCGCGCUCAGCAUCAACUACAUCACGAGAGUGCAUGGCGCCAACCGUAACAUGUUUUCGUGUUAUCAGGGGAGGGUUUCGCUGUUCCUGCGAGUGUGCAUCGCCUCCACUUGCUUUCACUCUCGCCCUCGUUUUGCGCUGUGGUGAUAUCAGCUUCGAAAAUGAUAACUUCGAGGGUGAAAGCAAGCAAGUGGGGGCAAUGCACACUCGCAGGAAAAGUCAAACUCUCCUAAUAACUUGAAAAUAUGCCACGAUCGAUGCCACUGCACAACCUUGCAGUGCGCUCGUGUGGCCAAGCUCAUAGUGGGCGCGAUAGUACAUAUAUAUACAUAUAUACAAAUAAAGAUGUGAUGUUCUUGCGUCGGAACUAUGACACAAGAGU